UUUUCCCACUUCUGAAGAAAAUAGACGCUCCGGGAAGUCAAUGAAAGUGACCAUUGAGUGCGAUUAAUUGCAUUGCGAGUGAGGCUGAGUGGCCCCUGGACUCCUAUGGUCCUCACGCCACUAUGUAAAGAUCCUUCCGCCUGGCCAUCCUCGCAACGCCACAGUUCCCCCUGCGCCCGUCUUCCGCCAUGGUCAUCAUGAAAGACACGAAUGUUACUGUUGACCUGAAUGACACUGAGGUGGCCGCGGGCGUGGGCGUGCGGACGUCGGAAACGAACGGCAGUGCUCCUCCGCCCUCGGCUAGUGCGGCGCUAGCUGCGGCAGCGGCGUCCGCAAGCUCUGGUGCGGGCGGAGGGAACAACAACAACGUCAAGGAGAACUUGGGCGGCGGCGGAGGCAAGCCGGAGAAGCCCAACGUCACGUUCGACCCGAACCCCACCAUACUGCUCACCAACUCAGAUGGAUCUCCAAUCAAGGUUGGACUUAAAGAUGGAAUUAAGAAGACUGAAGUUGGUGCUGGAAGGGGCACUGCAACUGCACCCAUCGGCAGCGCCGCUCAGCAGCAGGCUGUGGCACAGCAAGCAGCCGCAGCACAACACAAGUCUGAUGAGCCAACUGACUGUUACCUCAAGGAAUUGUACGCACAGAUUACGUCGGUAGUUGCCUCAAAGCCCGAUGAGAAGGAUAACAUUAAUGAAGAUGAGAGCGAGGAUCCGGCUGCCGUUCCCAUGAUCUGGGUGAGCAAGUGGGUUGACUACAGCGAUAAAUAUGGUCUGGGAUACCAAUUGUGUGAUGACUCCAUUGGUGUGCUCUUCAAUGAUUUCACCAAACUCUUGUUGCUAGCUGAUGGAGAGAACAUUCACUACAUUGAGCGUUCAAAUGCUGAACACUAUCAUACACUGAAGAGCUACCCAGGAGCAUUAAACAAAAAGGUGACGCUUCUGCGCUACUUCCGUAACUACAUGAAUGAACACUUGUUGAAGGCAGCUGCCUCUAUGUGCCCAAGGGAGGGUGAUGAGCUUGCCCGAAUCCCCUCACUCAGGACCUACUUCCGGACACGGUCGGCCAUCAUUCUUCACUUGACUAAUGGAACACUUCAGAUCAACUUCUUUGAGGAUCACACCAAGAUUAUUCUCUGUCCCUUAAUGGGUGCUGUCACAUACAUCGAUGAAAAGAGGAAUUUCAAGACCUACAGGCUGGCCAGCCUUGAAAAGUAUGGAUGCCGACCUGACCUUGCAAACCGCAUGCGCUAUGCUCGCAACAUGAUUCAAAAGCUUAUGGUUACGAAAUCCUCCACGACCAAGUCCUCCACUGCUUCUUCCUCUGCUGCUGCCCAGCACACUCAGCCCACCACUGCUUAAAUAGUGCAACGAUAAAAGUUACUGUCCAAAGGUUGAAUAUUUAUUCACCAGUUUUCUAGUUAUCUAUUGUUUAAGCAUAUAUGUGCUAGAUCUAAACUUGGUUAGAAUAGUGACAAUUUUUAGCAUGUUACCUAAGUUGAAGAACAUAGAGCAGUUCUGUAUCUCUUCCUACCUGUGACUACAAGUGUCCAUGAAGUAUGCCACUGUGGCAGUGCUUUGGAGGUGCUGGAUAUAAAUAUCCAUUCAGGUGGAUUAACUUGUACCAAAGUGAUGAAUGUAUGUUAGAAUACAACUUUGUAAUUAGCCUCAAAAGACUGACGGGAAAAGUCAGUUUAGGUCAUAGUAUGUCCUGAUUUAUAUUUUCUGAUAAGUUUCAAGAAUACACACUAUUGCAUGAGUAAAGACUUAGGUUUUAUGAUGGUUACAAUAAAACCUGAUAGAAUGAGGGGUGCAACUUCUAGCUUGGAAUCAAGAUUUAGAAAAUGAUUGAUCUCUUAUACUUGUAUCAUUGCUAACUAGACCUUUGGUUUUCAUAUCUGUUAGCAUGUUACACUGUAUGCUACUUAGUUGGCAUCUAUGGUUAUGCCAUAUUAAUGAAAUGAAAAUCCUAUAUAUUUAUUGUUUUUAAACAUGUUUGUUUUAUUUAUAGGAUGUUUUAUAAGUUUGCAAUAACUGAGAGGAAAACACAAGGUGAAUCACAGUAUUUUGUACUACUAAUUCAUAAUUUUUAAAGAUAUUAUUGCAGUACAUGACUUUAUGUUCUGUUUAGUUUAGCUUAUGGAUUUCUAUUAUGAUAUUUUUAUAUUGAUUUUGAUUGUAUCUGGGGAGUAUAUUACUGUAGGAUAUACCAAACUCAGAUAAAAGUGUGCUUGGGAAUGAAUAUGAUUUUUUUUUUUGUUUUCAUUGCUAUUGGGAAAUAUUGUUGUUUGAAGACUGGGAUGAAGUAAAGGCUAGAUUGUGAUUACAAGAAUGUUCUAGCCAUUCCAGAGACCGUUUUAGUAUUUUUUUUGUGUUCUAUAAAGAGAGUCCCACGCAUUGCGCCCUUAUGUUGAUAUAAGGAAUUAUUAAAGAACAUCAGCUAUUAAACUUUUAUUUUAUUUUAUGUGAACUCAUGUUCUUCCUUUCCCUGUAGUAACAUGAAUGUAAAUAAUAACUGGUAGAUUGUAAUGUGUUUUGUACUCCCUGAUUGUAACAUUACAUACUGACUGUACUGACAAAAGUAGUAUAUAUUUGGGUUUAAAGUCAAGGAAAUUUAUUUACAGAUUUUCAUAUUCCACACUGCCUUGCAAGAGAUUUCUGGUCACAUAUUUUCAUCUGAUUGCAUAUCAUUUUGUUCAUUAUUUCCACAACUGUUCGUAAUAUCAUGCUGUAUGUUUAUUUUACAUCUUGUAUCUCUAUCUCUUUAUUUUACGUGAUACAUAAGUGUACAUAGUCCAUGCAGUAAAAUAAAGUAUGUAUAAUUAAGAAUAUUCUGUCAAUCCUACACUUCGUUUUUUUUCUUUUUUUUUUAUUAUUAUUAUUAUGAAUUUAGACAGACGUAAAAGUUCUUGCUGUGACAAAACAUGGUGGUGGAAAAUCUUAGUGAACUGAACUUAGGGACUGGGAUAUUAUCAAUGGAACUAUUGAGUGGGCACUUUUCUUCUCUGCAUUAUCUCUGACAAAAUGCAUGUAAUUUAAAUUUAUAAACAUUUACUUGCAUUCCAUUGUGUCAAAAAAUUAGAUGUAGAUGAAAAGCCCAAGAAAAUGUAUAUAUGGUAUCUGCACAUUUACUAAAUAUAAGGAUAGGCUAACAGUCUUGAGUAUGGAACUGGUCCUUCAAGAGAUUAUUUAAAUAUUAUAAAUACAAUAUAAAGAAUU